AAUAUGAUUACAGAUUUUGUUGUCCAUCAGAUUUUGCCCUAUCAGUCAGUCUCGAUCGACACCUUCAGCUCCAAAAACGACGUCUACGUGGCCAUUGCGCAAACCAGCAUGGAAAACUGCAUGGUGCUGGAAUGGGACCACAUUGAGAAGAACUUCCGGAGUUACGACAACAUCACCGGCCAAUCCAUCGUGGGUUGUAAAGCUAUCUUGAUUGACGACCAAGUCUUUGUGGUGGUAGCUCAGCUUUUCGGCGGAUCCCACAUUUAUAAGUAUGAGGAAAGCUGGACCAAAUUUGUCAAGUUCCAGGAUAUUGAGGUCUCCCGCAUCUCCAAGCCGAACGACAUCGAGCUCUUCCAGAUCGAGAGCGAAACCUUUUUCGUCAUCGCGGAUAGCUCCAAAGCUGGCUUGACUACGGUUUACAAGUGGAACAACAAGGGUUUCUACUCCUACCAGUCCCUGCACGAGUGGUUCCGGGACACAGACGCCGAAUUCGUCGACAUAGACGGGAAAUCUCAUUUGAUCCUCUCCAGUCGCUCUCAGAUCCCGAUUAUCCUUCAGUGGAACAAGAGUUCCAGGAAGUUCCUCCCACACAGCGAGAUACCCAACAUGGAGGACGUGCUGGCCGUGAAGAGCUUCCGGAUACAAGAUGGCCUCUAUAUCACCCUCACCAGAUUUAUCGGCGAUUCGAGAGUCAUGAAAUGGGACAGCAAGCAGUUUGUGGAGAUCCAGGCCCUUCCUUCCCGGGGGGCCAUGACCCUACAGCCUUUCUCCUUCAAGGACCACCAUUACCUCGCUUUGGGAAGUGACUACACCUUCUCCCAAAUAUUCCAGUGGGAUGAGGAGAAGAGCCUCUUUCAAAUAUUUAAGGAGAUCUACGUGCAGGCGCCCCGCUCCUUCACCGCGGUGUCGACGGAUCGGCGCGAUUUCUUCUUCGCUUCCAGUUUUAAAGGCCACACGCAGAUAUUCGAGCACAUCGUGGUUGACUUGAGUUUAUGAAGCGGCUCCAGGCGCGGGGAACUCAUGUAGGAUGAUAACUUUCACACGAAAACAAAAAGGGGGGGGGAGAAAAAAAUGAACAGAUUAUUCACCUUUGAUAGCUAGAAAAAACCCUUGGCAUUAACUCCGCAAAGGUUUUUGUUUUGGGGGUUUUUUGGAACUUUUUAGAAGUUUGCCUAUUUAAUCAGGGAAUGCAUUAACUCGGUUAAGUGCAUGCCAUGCCAAUUUUACCCUGGACAAGGGGUAUUUUCAAAGCCUACUAUUGCUCGUAGACGGCGUGCAAAGCAGUAGUUCCGAAAACGAUGCAAAACUGGAAGGAGGAACAGCUGAGAAAGUGGCUGAAACCAAGAGUGACUUCUGCUAGGAAAAAACGAUGUUUUUUUCUCUUCAAGACUUGGAGGUUGGAAGCCAUUCCUUCUAGUGGUUUGCAAUCUGCAGCUGUUAGCAUCCUGACGAGGAAGCCUGCUCACGGGAUGCGUCUCCGUGAGGACGAAGGCGUCCUGGGUUCUGGACCUUGGGAAAUGAAGUGGGGGGGAAUCUCUAACUCACGUUCUGAUUUGGAGAAAAGUGCUGAUAGCUCUUUCAAAUCACCAAUCCAAAAGAGUAAUAAAAAGAAAAGGAAGAGGGGGAGAAGGAGGAGAAAUACUGGGGGGUCCUUGGUGCUCUCUGAGCUUGGUGGUUUCCUUGCAAACGUUUCAUAACCCAGCUAGUUAAUAUCAUCAGUAUUAGAAGGGGUGGGUUUUGCAAAGAGGAGGAGGAGGAGGAAAAGGAAGGAGAAAGGGAAGGGAGGGGAGGAGGACUGUGUGGUCC